UUCAGUUCCAUCGCAAACUUCUGCGAUGCCACUUGUGUGCGAUCAUUGUUGAGCUUGGGUUCUCCGAAUUACAAGCUGAAAACCGUGACCAGAAACAGUAACCGCAACUCAGAUAGAAAUAUUACCUGACGACCAGCAGUGGAUCCAGCACGAUGCCCACCAUCGAGCACAAAUUAAAUAUCACGGAGGAGGAGGUUCCAGAGCACAUCCGUCGACUUGCUCAGGAACAGGGCGAGUGUCCCAGUAACAAGGAACAGAUCAUCGAACAAUUCCGCAGCUACAUACUAGAACGCAACGAGUGCCAGCCACACCGCAACGAUGCUAAAUAUCUGCAAAAGUUUUUAAGAGCGCGUUACUGGAAAAUCGAAAACAGCUAUAGAUUGCUGUGCAGUUACUACAAAUUUCGAGAGAACAACAAAAGCUUCUACGAAAAAGUUCGACCCCUGGAUCUGCGUCAUAUUGGACAGUCGGAUAUCUUGACUGUAACGCCCUACCGGGAUCAACAUGGACACCGCAUACUAAUCUAUAGAUUUGGCCUUUGGCGACCCAAUCGUGUGACCGUCGACGAUAUUUUCCGGGCCACCAUUGUUCUACAGGAACUGGGUAGCUUGGAACCAAUCUCACAGAUCGUUGGAGGAGUGGGAAUCUUUGACCUGAAGGAUCUGGGCCUGGAACACAUACUCCAUCUAAGUCCUAGUGUUGCUCAAAAGAUGAUUGCCCUGCUAGUGACCUCAAUGCCUAUAAGGACAUCCGCCCUCCACAUUGUGAACCAGAACUGGGUCUUCAAUGCGGCAUUUAAGAUAUUCAAGCCUUUUCUUAAUGCCGCCAUGCGAGAAAAGCUCUACAUCCAUGGCAGUGAUAUGACUUCUCUGCACAAGCACAUAAAUCCUGAACAUCUUCCCAAGCGUUAUGGUGGCCUGCACGAAGAUUACUCUUAUACGCUCUGGUUGGACAUGCUGAAGGAACAGUGCUCAACUAAUGGAGUCCAAAAGGAUAUGGAACAAUUGGGAUUCAUCUUUGACUAGGUUUUGAGCUUAGUUUGAUAUAUUUGCAUAUGCUCCCCUAGGCACUGAUGGUCUCUCAGUUUAUUUUUCCAUUUAUUGAAGGAAUUAUUAUAUUUUUUUUGUAAUUUUGUACUCUUAUGGAAGUCAAACCAUAUUUUAUCUACGUAAAUGUUAUGUAAUGAUACGAAAAUCAAAUAACACAAAGUAUGUGAUAUUUUUAAAAUGAUAUAACUUUUAAAGAUA